AUGGGCUCUUGCAAUACGUGCCAAGCCGGCAGCUCCAGUUCAACAGACAGCUCUACCUCAGAAAGCACAGCAGCAACGACCCACAGCGACCGACUCGCCCUGAAACCGCAAGAAAGCGACUGGAUCACCGAAUCCAGUCAUAAAUACUCGUACGGCGGGGUCGAGGUCGAAGUCGAGCCCGAGUACAAAUACAUCGAGCCACGACCACCUCGACCCCGUUCCUCAACCUCAACUUACGCCUCAACAACACACUCCACAGAAGCCCUGGAGCCAGAAAUAGAAUCAGAGCCCGAAGCCCCAGAACCCAAAAGUCCUUACGCAGACAGAUACAGCGUAGCCGAGCGACAAGAGUUCUACCCACUGGAUGCUCUCCCGUCCACGCCAUCAUCAUUUGCAUCUCUCUUCCCGUCCUCGCGACGGCUGCUCAUCCGCCACGAUGAUGCAACCAUCGACGGCAACAUGAACCUGCGCAUCGACACGCCCGUGCAUCUCCGCGACGGCUCCCAGCGCGAUAUCACUCUCUUCCAUCUGCGCAUGUAUGACCUCUUCUCGCGCAAGUUCUCCUUCCGGCGGUAUUGCCGGGACUCCGGGCGCGAGGUGUGUCAUUCCGCGCGGAAGGAGGUAGUCCCCGCUCGCGAGCGACGAGCUUCAAACGGCAUGUCUUGGAGUAGUGUUUUUGCAGGGUUGCGGCCUGGUACUGCGGGUGGACACUGCCCGGAGCUCAAGAGGAAAGAUUCUGGGUUUGCAGACGGACAAGAGGAUGAGGAUGGUUGUGGGUAUGAGGAGGCUGAUUCUGCGAGGAGACCUUCCACUGCGACGCCGGUUCUGGGAGAGACGAUUUUGCUGGAGUUCUCGAAUUAUGCGCAUGUCGAGCUCCGAAGGAAGGGAGCGGGGACGACGAAGAGUUAUGAGUUUGAGUAUUGGUCCACGAAGUAUCAGUGGAAGAGGGAGGUGCGCAAGGAAGGAGAUCUCCAGGAAGUGUCUUAUUUCUUGGUUGAGUUGCGCACGUCUAAGACUGUUGCCCAUUUGGUGCCGGAUACGUUGGCGCCGUUGGAGGUGAUUGAGGAGGAGAGUAAGGGGGGUUGGGUACCGCCUUGUUCGUUGUGGAUUAGUGAUCCUGACGUUUACAAGAAGAUGUUUGAUGUUGCCGAUGUGAUUGUCGCAACAGGCAUAGUGGCGCUAGUCGACGACUGCAUUCGUCGUCGUUGGCAUCACGAGCGGCGUCCAUCAUGGAUCCUGCCUGCCCAGCACUCGCUUGCGAAGAGCCUAGAGCGCAUGGGUCCUCGACGCCUGCUCGGCCAAGUGCUUCAGCGCAGGGGAUCCGCCUAA